AGCCCCGGCUCCGGCCCGCGCUUCCCGCUGCGAACCCGGCUGCUCGUCACUUUCCUCUUUGGGGGCGGGGUCGUGGCGGUGUGGCUGUACUUGCGGAGGGAGAAGGCGCAGCGGGAGAAACUGAUGCGCAUCGAGGAACUGAAGAAGGUGGCCGUCGGGCAGGGGGACUUCCGUUUGGUGGACCACACGGGGCGGCCCCGCUCCAAGGCCGACUUCAAGGGCCGCUGGGUCCUGCUCUACUUCGGCUUCACCCACUGCCCCGACAUCUGCCCGGAGACGCUGGAGAGGAUGAGCCGGGCGGUGGAGCUGCUGGACCGGGAACCGCGGCUCCCCCAGGUCCAGCCCCUCUUUGUUACGGUGGACCCCGAGCGGGACGACGUGGCGGCCGUGGCCAAGUAUGUCCGGGAGUUCCACCCGCGCCUCCUGGGGCUGACCGGCAGCCCGGAGGAGGUGCGCGAGGCCGGGCGGGCCUACCGGGUCUACUACAGUGCCGGGCCCAAAGACGAAGACGACGACUACAUCGUGGACCACACGGUGAUCAUCUACCUGCUGGGCCCGGAUGGGCUCUUCCUGGAUUUUUACAAUCGCAGCAAGACCGAAGAGCAGAUUGCGCAAAGUGUCAAGGGCCACAUGGAUACCUACAAGAGCCUCUUGAGCUGAGGCGGCGUGCUCUCCAAGCAGGCGGGGUCCGGGGACCAGACAGGCAGCCCCUGGGUCGUGUGGAGAAGAACUUCUGUUCGCCUCCUACCCUGGCGUCGGGGCCUCCCUCACAGUGGGUGUGCCUGGGGCAUCGUGGGUAGGUAGUCAAUCCAGCAAGUUCCCAGGAAGGCGGGUUUGCAAAUGAGCGUCCUGCUGCCUAUCUCUGGGGUGAAUUUACAGCCAGUGCAGUGUAGUCGACAGAGUGAUGGCUGAGGAGGCUGGGCAAAACGGGUUUGGAUCCCCCCCUUCCUAGGGCUAUUUUGGUAGCAGGGACUCCUUUGCACA